UAUAUAUAAAGAGAUAGAAACGAUAACUGAUAUAGCUUGUAUUUCGAAGUAUUUUGAUAUAUAUCAACGAUAUAUUGUAAGGUGAUUAUUGUUUUUGUUGGCAACAGCACAUAAUAAAAUAGCACAGUAUUUUUUUAUAAAUAAUGAAGUCCUGCAUUUUAAUUCUUCUCUGUACUAUAGGAGUAAUUUACGCUUCUGAAGUGAUUCAUGCAUCCCUGGAAGCGCAAUUCGAUGAAAGUCAAAGAGAGGACUGCGUUCCUUUAGAAGGUGAAUGUACUAACAACAGAAAAGGAUGCUGCCCAAGCACAGGAUAUUCAGAGAUAGGCUGCCAAUGCUACGUACUAAAGAAAGACAAGAAAAGGUACAAUACUGUAGGACCCGCCACUACAAAGUGCUGGUGUGAGCGUACAGGAUACUGGUGGGAAAAAGUUGCUGACAGUUUGGGUUAAAGAUUUCCUGGUUAUAAACGAAAGCUCAAAUACAAGAAUUUUAUGAAGAAGCACCAUUGCUGAACAUUAUUAUUCAUUUCUUAUAUAUAAAUUGAUGCUUUUUUGGAAGUAACUAAUUUGAAAUCUCUACAAACCUCUCUUCUGACACACAAAUUUAAUGAUUAAGAUUAAUUUUAAGAAACAAAUUUAAUUCAUUGAUUUUGUAAAGAAUGUGUCAAUAUCAAGCAAGAUAAUAUUAAUAAUUUUUUGUCCAUGAAGUUUGUAUUUAGCAAGUUUUGUGUAAAAAAAGAAAUGCAUUAAUUGUCUUAGUAAAAAAGACUUAUAAAUCUU